AUGUGUCAAACCCAAAAGUCGUUGCACAUUUUCUCUGACACAUCCGAGGUUGGUUAUGGAGCCGUAGCUUACCUGAGAUGUGAGUCGCUACGACAAGUUCACUGUAGCUUUCUAGUGGGAAAAGCAAGAGUGGCACCCCUCAAGUCAGUUACUAUCCCACGCCUUGGACUUCAGGCCGCCGUAUUAGCGGUUAGACUAAUGCGCCAUCUGGUGAAGCAACUCGAAGUCCGAUUCGACAACAUAUAUUUUUGGACAGACUCAAUGACUGUGUUGCACUAUAUUCCUGGCACAAGUCUGAGGUUUAAGACCUUUGUGGCCAACCUAAUUAGCUUCAUACAUGAGAAUACAAACACUUCCCAAUGGGGACUUCUAUUGAGGCUUUGGAUUCAAGGACCUGAGUUCCUGAAGCUCGGUGAGCAGCAUUGGCCCAAGACUGACAUCGAACAACUUCAUCAUAAGCCCACAAACCUAGAGUUGAAGAAAGCCGUCACAGUUUUAGUUAACGCGGUACCUGACCUUCCAACGGAUGUGCUGCUCUCAUACCAUUCCUCAUGGUUGAGGCUACGGCGAGCGGCAGCUUGGUUCACCAGGAACAGAUCUUACCUCCGCAGUAAAAGAGUUGGUAAGGAUAUGGAACUUAGAAAUACCCUAAGGCCCGACGAACUGAACGAAGCAGAACGGUCGAUAUUGCGGUAUGUUCAGCUGAAAACUUUUCCCUCGGAGCUUAGUACAACUUAUGGCCAUGUAAAGGGCUAUAUAAGAAAUCGCCGGUUUACAAAUUACGUCCAAUCAUUCUCAAUGACCAGAUAUGUGUGGGUGGUCGACUGGGCAAUAGCACUCUGCCAGAAUCCGCAAAGCACCCUAUAA